CACAGGUUUUGACGUGAACCGUGAAUUACUGGAAAAGUAAGGAGUGUUUCUACGAAUAAGGAUUCUUUUUGCGAAGGAUUAGAAAAGUGCAACGUCGGCGGACUGGAAAUUUGUUCAUCGAACCUCCUGCUUCAAAGAGAUAAGGAAAACAUGGUGACGAUUCCUCAAAGAGUCCUGGAUGGUGCUCGUAAUGCGAGGCAAUGCAGGAAUGGAUAUCUCUACACGCGUGAUAAUUACGCGUAUUGUUUCGCGGAUGGAUCCUGCAUGGAACCAGUGAGGAACGCUGGUGUCGGGGUCUGGUUUGGACAUGAUCAUGCUGCAAACGUUUCAGAACCCUUGCCAGUUCCUGGGACGAACAAUCGUGCCGAACUGUUGGCUAUUCUCUACGCGAUCCACGCGGCGAGAGAGUGUGGUUUGCAGAGGCUUGAGAUCAGAAGCGACUCCCAGUACGCCAUCAAUUGCGUCACAGCAUGGUUGCCGACUUGGAAACAAAGUCGCUGGAGGACCGGCUCAGGUUCUGCAGUCGAGAAUCAAGACGAAAUUCGAGCGAUCGAUGAAGCACACUCUCUGUUGCACGUGCGCUAUGUGUGGGUCGAAGGUCAUUCCGGCGACAUCGGAAAUGAAGCUGCGGAUAAGUUGGCGAGAGCCGGUGCGGCUCAAUCGUUGGCAAACUAUCGUUCCGGACAGUAUGAGUUGUUGAUUCGGGAGCGUCAGUACCCUCGGAGCACACGCGUUGAUUUGCGGAAGCUUGUAUCAUUUUCGGCACUUCUAUCGGUGACAAUGCCGUAUUACGCUGUUUUGCGUGGUGUUAAUCCUGGGAUUUAUUCGUCUUGGCGAGAAUGUAGGCCUCAAGUGGUGAGGUUCAGUAGGAAUGAGUACAGGAAGUUCGACACUCGACAGGAUGCGGAAAACUACCUGAAUGAUCAAGGGUCUCAAGUUGUUGUCGACAAUCGUAUCCUAACGGACCUUUUGCAAAUAGUAAAGGAUCUUGUGCGCAUGGUGCAUGCUCGGGAAUCAUCGCAUGGAGCUGCGAGAGGUGUGCCACUACGUCCCUUUCCGCCAACUGGGCCUCAAGUUGUUGUCGACAAUCGUAUGCUUACGGAGGUUCAUCAGAUAGUGAAGGAUCUUGUGCGCAUGGUGCAUGCUCGGGAAUCAUCGCAUGAAGCUGUGAGAGGUGUGCCACAAUGUCCCUGUCGGCCAACUUGUUCCGGGAGCGCGGAGAAACGUAGAGCCGAGACGGACAUCAUAUCAGUAGAUCCUCCUGCCAAGAUAUUUAGGCUAGAUUUGGUGUUCAGAGAGGCAGAGUCUGUUGUUGCUUCCGCAGUACGUGCAACGUAUGAAAAGCCGCAAAUUCCUCCAAAAAUUUUGGAUCAAGCACGAAAAGCGAAAGUCUCAGAUUUCACUUUCACUCUUGAUGGAUUUGCCAUCUGUUAUACCGACGGAUCCUGCAUCACUCAUUUGCAAAUUUCCGGAGUUGGAGUUUGGUUUGGAAAGGACCACGUUGCGAACAUUUCAGAGCCCUUGCCCGUUCCGGGCACUAGUAACCGUGCAGAACUGACUGCCGUGCUCUAUGCGAUCCACGUUGCAAAGGAAGCCGGUCUGAGUAAGUUGGAGGUCCGAACCGAUUCGAUAUACACCAAGAAUUGUGUCACUGUUUGGCUGCCGAAAUGGAAAGGGAACAAUUGGCAGACAACCGCGAAUAAGGAUGUCCUGAAUCAAAAUGAAAUCCGAGCUAUCGACGAAGCCUUCAAUUAUGUGGAAGUGAAAUUUAAGUGGAUACAAGCUCAUUCCGGCGAAGAAGGAAACGAAGCUGCGGAUCGAUUGGCGAGGCUUGGUGUGGAUAAAUCCUUGAGAAAUUCUGAGAGUUGAAACUGGCCCAUUUAUCGGAUGUCUGAAGCAUUUCGAAGAUUGUAUGAUCUCUAACAAUCUUCGGGAUUUUCUCACCAGAAGCUAACAGAAGUGAAAAAAUGAAUGAACUUCAAGCUUAGUGCAUUUGUGCGAAUGAAAAGUUUCUUGUGUACAGUGCUUAACUCUUUGGAAGGUCGCAAAGUUGUUCUCUCAAAUGCGCCGCGCUCACCAGUGCCAGUCCUGCUUAGGACUUGGCGCUCCUUUUUUUCGAAUCGUGAAUGGCGUAAGAACGGUAUGAUUGGAAAUUGUAAGGAAUAUGAGGGUUGUCCAACUUCUAGCGUUGAGUAUUUUUAAAGUAGGUACCAUUGUAAAAAAAUAAAAAUUAGCUCAUGCAAUCGUAAGGAUCUGAGAUUUUUAUAACAUUUUUUGAGGGAAAACUUUCCAGUUCUGCUGAGAGUUCUCCGCUCACGUCACAAGCUGUUGAAACUUUUUCAGGCCAGACAAACUAUUGAAACUUUAUUUGUUUUCAGCAAAAACUCUCCCACAUCUUCUGCAAUUUCCAAAUUUUUCAGUGAUUAUUUUGUUUGCAACAAAUCAAAACUUGAGUGCAUUCUGAAUUUCUCAAAGAGCAAGGUUUUUUUUUUCCAAUCUUUUCUAUUUCCUUGUCAAAAACACCAUCAAAGGCCUAGUUUUUGCCUGUGAAAUUUUUCUCAGUACUUCGAAAUUUUAUGAAACUUUUUAUUGCAAUCUUCUGCCUUGAGGUUAGAAAGCAGGAUGUGAUGUAAGCCCAAGUCCGGUUAAAUAUUUUCCCGUGAAUCAGCCAAUUUUCUUCCUGGUUCCCCAGGUUCCUCUCCUGUCUUCUUUAUUUUUAUUACCAGCUGAAAAAUAAAAUGAACGAAAUUUAUUUUAAAAUUUCUUGGUGAAAAGAAAAAUGGCACAGGCAGAAACUAGGCCUUGGAUGGAGAACCUUGCGAUUGCAUGGGCUGUACUUUUUACAAUGGUACCUACUCGAGGAAUACUCUACUGGAACAGGAUAAAACCACUAAUGGUGGCUUUCUGAGAAAAUUCGAGUUUGUAAAACGCGAACUUCUCCAGAAUUGCUUAUUGGACGUUGUAAAAAAAGAAAGAUGUUUUGUUUAAAAAAGGGAGGAAUCCUUGCAUUAGGAAAUUCGUCCCGAUUCUUCCGCAUCAUUUGGAACAAUUUCGCGAAAGUAGCCGUGUAUGUAAGCAUGAAUACAAAAUGAAAGAAACCAGAAAACUCAACGAACAUGAUCCUUGUGCUGUUGGAGACGCUUCUUGUUGGUUUUCGAAAUACAAACUUUGUCUGGUUAUAGUAUAAAGAAA